CUCAGAUGCCGACUCAGAAAUGUAGCAUAGCUAGCAUUUAGCAUGGUAGCUAGCAUCAAGGGGAAGGAAAUUGGAUAAAAUGUAUUGUUAAACAGUUACAUUUGGCAUCAGAACAGUAGCAGCAUGUUGGUAUAAUCCAUAUUAUAAAUGUGAAAUAAACCAACUUGAAAUAAGUCUUUAUUUUGGUUUGUUGUUAAAUUUGAGUCGAUAGCUAACUAACAAGCUAAGUAGGCUACUUCAUAGCUAGGUAAUGGCAUCUUUUAACGGAGAAGGGUGCCACGUGCCGCGUGUUCCCGAUAUUCACAUUUGUGGCACCUGCAAGCAGCAGUACAACGACGUUGACGGCUUUCUUGCCCACAAGCAAAAUGGCUGCCACGUGCCAUCAUCUGACACAACUGUCCCAGGCACUGUGUCUGCCAUCACAGCAGAUUCCAGUGCCGAAUUUGUUUUUGAAGAAACAUACCAGUCAUGCAUUCCCAGAGGUGUCAAAAAGAUCCAAACCAAAGCACAGAAAACCCCUUCCAAAAAACUGAAACCGCCGCUGUCUUCAAAGAGGCGCAGCUGUGCCUUCCCAGGUUGUUCUUUCAAAACGCAGUAUGGACAGAAAGACAUGGAGCGACAUCUUAAAACCCACACAGGAGAGAAGCCUUUUGAAUGCGAAGUGUGCUGCAAGCGCUUCAGCCGGCGGGACAAGCUGAGCAUGCACGAACGCUCUCACACCGGGGUGAAGCCUCACAAGUGCAAGCACUGCGCCUACGCCGCAGCCGACAGUAGCAGCCUGAAGAAGCACCUGCGCAUCCACUACGACGAGCGGCCCUUCAAGUGCCAGAUCUGCCCCUACGCCAGCCGCAACUCCAGCCAGCUCACCGUGCACCUGCGCUCUCACACAGGAGACGCCCCUUUCCAGUGCUACCUGUGCGAGGCCAAGUUCAAGAUCAACUCGGACCUGAAGCGGCACGCGCGCAUUCACUCGGGCGAGAAGCCCUACAAGUGCGACUUCUGCGACUACCGGUGCGCCAUGAAGGGCAACCUGAAGUCCCACGUGCAGAUCAAGCACGGGGCCGAGAACGCCCUGCGCUGCCCCGACUGCGACUUCCGCUGCGGCAACAAGACGGCCCUGCGGCAGCACCAGCGGCAGCACCAGCCCAGCCAGCCCAUCCAGUGCCCCGCCUGCAGCUACUCCUGCUCCAGCAAGGGGGCGCUCAAGAUCCACCAGCGCAUACACUCCGAGGAGCGGCCCUUCAAGUGCGAGGCCUGCGGCUUCGCCACCAAGCAGCGGAGCAACCUGGCCAUCCACCGCAAGAAGUGCCACCCGACCGAGGGGCCCGACCGGGGCGGGGGGGGUGGGAAAGCGGGCCCCAAGGGCGAGGAGGCGCCCAAACCCGCCAGCUCCCGCUACCGGGCCAAGCUGGACGCGGCGCGGGCCUUCCGCUGCGAGCUGUGUGAGGCGUCGUUCGUGCGUGAGGACUCGUUGCGCAGCCACACCAAGCAGCACCGCCACGCGCAGCUGGCCUACCUGCAGCUGCAGGACCCCGCCCUGCCGCCCUGCCCUCCGCCCCACCCCGGCCCUGACCUCGGCCCGCUGGGCGCCUACGGCGACGCACAGCUCAAGAUCAUCGUCGGGCACCAGCUGGGAGGGUCGGAGUGCGGUUUCGUCCCCGCCGACCCACCGAAGGACGGUCCGGUCCUCCUGACCGCGGACGGCCACUCGCAGGAACUGGCGGUAGACCUGCUGGGGGCGGGGCCCCACGGAGAGGCCGGGGCCCUGGGGCCCCAGACGGUGAUGCUGACUCAGAUCCAGCCGGGGCCCGAGCACGUCCUGACCCAGGCGCUGCUCCCGCCCCCGGACCCUUCCCAGACCUUCAUCGCCACCUGCUCGGACCUGGAGGGCCUGAGCGCGCUCAUCCAGGAGGGCGGGACCGAGGUUACGGUGGUGACGGAGGGGAACCCCUCCCUCUCCGCGUCGCUGCCUCCGCCCUCGUCGCUCGGGGGGGCGUCCCUGGACCCGGGCAGGUCGGCCGCGGUCGUCCACGGAGACUGUUCCCAGGCCGACGAGGGCACCCUGGUGGUGCCCAACAUUAGCAUCAGCUCACAGGGGGUCAUCAUCCACAGCUUGCCUCUGGUCGUAUCCGCCCCCCCACAGCACCACGGCGACCAGCUCCACCCCCAGAACCUCUACACUGACACCCAGACAAUAGAGGUCACCAUAGAGUGACACUCCCGGCGGGAUGCGAUUUCUCCCCAUUCCCCCCCCGAUUAAUCGGCCGAUACUGAUUAAUCGAACCCCACCCUGGGGCAGAGGACUUGAAUAUCACACAAGCACGCACAUCAAGAGCUUUUUUGCACACUUUUACGACUGAUACCAGGAGAGAACUUGAGGUCCUGAACUAACUUUCAUCAAUCAAUAAUCAGUGUUUUGCAAUAAUCGGGACAAAGGGGAAUAAUCGCAUCCCUGAAUCAGGACUGAAUUACAGACUCUUUAGUGUAGAUCAUUAACUGGAAGUUAUUUAUUUUUAGUCAUAGGUGUUUUCCCAUUUUCAUAAAUAGAACAGUAAUAGCACAAUAUCACAGAAGCAUUUUAUAGGGAGGGGUUCCCGGUCCUGGAGAAGCCCCUGUGUAUGCUGUUCUUCAGUCCAAUCUCUUAAUUAACAUUAUUGACAGCAUGGAUUAAGUUCCAUACAUUUGUGCUGAAACAGAAUUUAACAUAAUGCAGGCUUGGCUUGUUACCAGUUGAGCUUUCUUCAAACUGUUCAUUCCCGACAAAUGAUUUGGCUUCGACGGUCAGUCGUCAUUCAGUGAGAAUUUUAGUCAGUUUCAGCAUUUACGAGUUAACGGAUAUCAGCUGCAGGACCAUAAAUUAAGCAAUGCAGAUACAAUUCAGAUCUACUGCCUGUCAAAAGGAAGUGUUUGCAACCGCACGUUGCAGAAAAUUUAAUCGUUAUUGGAUAACUGAUCUGACCGAUGAAACGCCCAUAUGCUAAUAUGGAGUAUUGUUUCUGAGUCUGGGUCUGACGUAAUGUAGCAUUAAGAGAUGAAGCUCAGUGCUCGUUAACUUGCAUGGAUGAACCCCGCGGCUUCGUAAUAAUAAUUUGCUUAGCAGGGGGAAAAAUCCGCCCUGGAGCAAUGUGGGGUGAAGGGCCUUGCUCAAGGGCCCAACAGCUGUGCAGGUCUUAUCUGGCUACACCGGAGCUUGAACCACCAACCUCCUGGAUCCGGCCUCUGGGUCAUGCUAGUGGCGACUGUGGCCAGUCGAUCCGGUCACUUGUGUAAACCUGCAUUCGGCAAUUAUGCCGAGGUUAUGGGAGGAUUCGGUUGGUUGAUUCCUCUGUUCUCUAAUGACCCACACUACAUUACAUUGCAUUACAUUAUUGGCCAUUAUUGAUCAACACUAGUUGAUCGGUCACAUGUGGACUCCAGGUUAAUGCCGCAUAUGGAAGGUCUUCCUCCAACUUCCUACCCGAUACAGCUCUGUAUCCUUCAGGAAUUGCAGUUAACAUUGGAAAGAAAGCCAGCAUACACAGAGUCUCCAGGACCAGGUCUUAGAACGACUGGUGUAGGGAUCCCGUCAGGGUUUGGAAAAACAGAAAAUAACAACACUUGAAUAAAACCGAUACCUUUCUUUUCCAUCUUAGAAUGUAGACUUAGAGAAUGCAUUGUGCUCUUUAAGUACCACAAAUCUAUCUCUUAACAAAAGGCAAAUGUCCCUGUGCUUUAUCGACAACCUGACGUUCUUGUCUGUCCUUGCUCUGGUCUUGCCAUUUUAGCUCCAAAAAGCUGGACGAUCGAACCCUUUUAAGGUCAGUGACUGGGUCACGUGAAGGAGGCAAACGAAUGUUCUGGAGUGGACUGCAUUCUUUUAAUGAAAAGAAAAUAAAUGUGCAGCUGCUGCUCUCUGGCUAAUGAGCAGUCUUUCC